AACCUCAAAGAAUUGACGGACGGAAGAUGACGGAAGUUAGUGAUAAGAGGUAACAGAGGGAUUUUGUGAUUUCAUCAUGCAAGCCAGUGUAAAACCGUGAACUUGAAUUAAUUUUCGAAUCGAAUGGUUUCUCUCUAUAUGUUCUAAUUUCCCUCGACGGAUAAUCUAGGCGAAACGAAGAUUUUCCGCCCGCCUUCUGGACGUAAACACUCGAAUCCGUAGACCCUUUGUUCGCGAUACUCUAUAAAUAUUUUGUGUUUUAUUUCGAUUCUCCUCGAUCUGUGAUUGGUUCUGGUCUAAUAACACUCAUAGUAUGAAGUGAUAAGUAUAAAUUUUGCAUCAGCUCCGGAGAUUUUGGCUCAUGUACCCAAACGAUUACCAGAGAUCUCCUCUCGUUAUCUUUAUCACUAGGACUCACUCUUAUUGAUUUUUUACUUCAAUGAAGUAAAAUUUUCGAACCAUUUACCUGUUCCUAGAUAUCAAUCGCAUCCUAGCACUUUGUUGCAUUUAGAACGUGGAGCCCUCAGAGAAUGCAAAGGAUUUGUCCUGAGGAAAACGAUGGAGCCGAGCUUAGCGAGAAAACCAACAUUCCCAACCUGCCAUCAAAAUUCAGUCAAGUAGAAUGCAACCUAACUGUCCUGAACAAUAUGUUGAUAAGUGACUAUCGAGAAUUCGUCUGUGGAUGGGGCGCGUCUGUGAUAAACAUUUCUAUAACGUUCCCGAUCAACAAAAUCAUCUUCCGACAGAUGCUGCACGGGUCUCGAGUAACAAGUGCAAUUAGAGAUUUAUCUUCAGAAGGGUUCAUCUACCUCUACAGAGGCAUUCUUCCUCCUCUUUGUCAAAAGUCAAUAAGCUCUGCGCUCAUGUUUGGACUGUACGAAAAUGUGCGCAUUCCUAUGUUGGACAAUGGUUUCCAUUAUCUGAUAGCAAAUGCUGUCGCUGCAGGUGUAGCAGGCAACGCUGAAGCUGUGCUGGCUCCGUUUGAGAGGAUUCAAGCCCUACUCCAGAACACCACUUACAACAAAAAUUUCAAGAACAUGAGUCAUGCCUUUCAUGUUGUGUACUCAGAACAUGGGAUCAGAGAACUCUAUCGGGGUUUAGUUCCAAUCCUCUUCCGCAAUGGUCCUACCAAUUUUAUUUUCUUCACAGCCCGUGACUAUGCAUCAGCGCAUUUACCUGAUUUCAAGGAUUCAAAGUUUUUAUCAAUUUUAAAGAAUUUUUUCAUUGGUGCAAUGAUAGGGGCAAUUAACAGCACAUUAGUUUACCCUCUCAACACUAUUAAAGUCCAUAUGCAGUCUAAGUUGGGUGGACCUUUUCAAACUAUAUCUGGGGCAGGAGUGGAGUUGUACGAACAGCGAGGUCGGCAACUGCGUUACUUUUUUAGGGGUGUGCACAUGAACUACACAAGAGCUUUCAUAAGUUGGGGCGUCAUAAAUGUUGCAUAUGAGAAGUUAAAGUUUGUGUUAUUCAAGAUUCAAUGACCUGAAUGAAGGUAAACUGUUAUUUGUUGAUUUUUUGUCUUUUUUUGCUGAUGUGUAGAAAAUUAUUCUUUGAAACUGAUGAACACUCCUUGUACAAGACCAACAGACUGAAUAAUUCUGUUUAGUUCUUGUGGCUCCAAAAUGCAAAUAAUAUCAUUCUCCAUCAAUGGAAAUGGAUAGAUUUAGUUCUAAGAGAUCCUUCCUUCAUACUUUUCAUCUCUAAACCAGUGAAAUUCAAUCUAAGUUAAUCAUCAUUCCAAGAAUUAUUUCAGUUUUUACAGGAGUGUUUCUCUUUUUCAAGAAUCAUGUACCAUGGUGGAAAAUUUGCGGAACUUCCAAUUCAAGCAUCAAGUCCUCUGAAUGAGGUAUCAGGAAUCAUGCAGCUAAAAAGUCUGUUUAUCUUAAUACUUAAUGUUUUAAAGGCUGAUAGUUAAUGUUAUCUUGUGUCAUGAAGAAAAUUUUUAUAAAUGGGCUCAAAUUAAGGCUUAUGCGUGCUUUGAGGGGUAUUUUCCCACUACCAUAUAAAUGCCAGCAUGAAUCUAAGUAAAUAAUGACUCAGUUGAUGACGUUUCAAGCUCUCUAUUUUAAAAUUGGGAUUUUCAAAACCUCACACUGGAGAAGGAAAAUCCUGAGAUACCUUAUCUUAUCUGUUUGAUCUCUAGUAAAAUCAAUUUCUUGUAUAAAAUCUCAUGGAUCUCUUAAUUAUCAUGAUUUUUUGCACAAUUUGUGGAAUGUAGCGAGUAUUUUAUUCACCUUUUGUGACUGACAAUUCGAAGGAAGUUGGGUGCAUGGUAAAAAGUUAUGGGAGCAGGUCAGGAUUAACAAAUCCAUUAUUAAAAAUAGCAGAGCUUGAGGCCAUCAAAGCACCGUUAAAAGGUUUAAAUUUCCUAAGAAAACUUACUUGCACAUUGUUUAUUUCCUUUUAUACUGGUCAAAUGCGUUUUGGGCUCAUCGCAAGACCAAAACGCGUCCGACCGGUAUAAAAGGAAGUAAACAACAUGCAAGUGAGUUUUCUUGAAAAAUUUAAAUUUUUAAGUUCUUGUGCGAACCCAAACAUCAAUGUUACUGUUAAUAGGUCCCAAGAUUUUUCAAGAGCUCUCGGAUUAAAAUCAAAUAGACCAGUUUACUUGCAUUAAAAUAUAGAAACCUACCACUUUUAAAACUGAAAUAAAUUACAUUUAAAAAUCCCACUUACGAUCAAAAGACUCAUCACAAAAACCACAAACUCAAGAAAAACUCAACACUACAUCCUUCAGCAAGAAGUAAGUUAGUAUGUAUUUACUUACUCAGGAUUAACUUGUAAGGAAAGCAGUUAAACCUAAGAAAGUCAUUUUUCAAAGCUGCUACUUUUUAAACCAUGUGCCAAGAGAGAGGUCUUUAGAGUCAUUGUAACCUUGCUGAUUUAUCUCUUAAAAUUAACUGUUCUACUAUUUGGUUAGAGUGGUGCAGGAUUUGCUACCUGAUUAAUUAGUGCUUUAGUGAACGCAUACAUCUUUAGUCUCUUACUGCUGUUUAGAAUUAUAAAAGCCUGUAAUGCCUUCAUUUCAUAUUAGUUCAGCCUUUGGUUGAGGAAUUCAGAUAUAACCCUGAAGAUAACUUUUCCUGACUUUGGAAGGGAAAGAAGAUGAGCGAUUAAGUCAGGUAUUUUUCGUCUAGAUUUUGCCUCCGUUUCAUGAGAUAAUUUUAAAAUUUGAUACAAAAAUUUUGUAUACUCAUAUCUAUUUACACUCAUUGACAGUUGGAUUAUCAAGUACUUUUAUAAUGAUUCAGGACAAAUUAUCAGGUCUUCAUGAAACGGAGGUCUCACUAUCAAAGAAAGAAGUAUGAAAAUCUGCUUCAAGAUAUUGUUUAGGCGUAGAAAAUAUCAAUGAACAUCAAAGAAUUUCGUAAGUGAGUCUAAGCUGUCAUGCUCAGAUAGAAAUUCUCCAAACUUUGUGAGCUAUGGCCUCCCCAAACUCUUCAAUAUUUAUCACCGAAAGGUUUAGGCAUAAACACUUAAACACACAAUGCUAUCAAGCCUAGAUAGCAUCAUAAUCUCCAAAUUUUGCUGUAAUAACACAAAUUCAAAAACUAAAGUGAAGGAAUGGAAUCCUUCAGGAUUGAGUGUUAAAGUCUUCAGGGGGCUAUAGCUCAUAAGAUUAGGUGAAUACGAUAAGAGUACGACAGAGAAUAGGGAAGGUUACCAAAAACCAAUCGGCAUUCAAACUAAGAAGACACUUGAAAAUUAAAUGUAAAAAGUUUAAGAGAUCAUGUGAUGUUUGAUGGCAGUUCGGCAUUUCUAAACAGAAACUUAUUUUACCUUUUUUGUUGAUUUUUUCAAUAUUUUAUAAUUUGUUUCACCUCUGCAAAUAUAGAAGUUGUUCAUGAAACUCAUGGAAUUUCGUUGUUUGUGAGGAAAUAUUUUGUACAGCUUAUGUUCAUUAUAAGUGCUUGUAAAAUAAUGUCAUACAUUUUCCAGGUUUCUGUGAAACAUUUCAAUAAUAUCCAUAACUAGGUACCAGUUUUUGAUCCCUUCUACAGAAAAAACUGUUAUUACCUUCAGACACAUCUCAACUGUUAGCAGUAGGAACCAUUUUUUGGCAGAGAUUGAAUACUGCUCCUAAUACAAUUGAUAAAUUAUUAAAAUCACAGUCACAAAUAUCCUGUAGGUACAAAGUAUGAUUCAAUAUAGUUGCCAGAUUCCCUCCAUCCAAUAACAGAUUUCCAUAAUUGGCCACUGGACCAGGUACGAAUUAAAGCACUACACAGUAUAUUGUCACCUCAAAAUUUCACAAGAACUAUAAGUAGCCAGGAAAUAAAAAACAGGUAUUUUCAAAAUCUACUCCUUAAUAAAACAUGAAUGACAAGGCACAAUAAACUUCGGUUAAAUGGCAAAAAUACAAAUUGUGUCUUUUGUAUAAUCUAGUUCUAUUUGAUCUGUGUUCAACUUCGUUUUAAGGUUUUGUUCAGGAGUUCAUUCUCGAACUUCCCGCCGUGUGAAUUGUUUUUUAUGUAAGAUUUUGAAGAAAAAUAUGUGCUGUUUUGUUCUAGUUCAUAUCUUGUCCAUUGGCCAAAUGCGCCUGGAAAAAAAGAUAAUGCAGGUCAUAAACUCUUGAUUUUCCUGUUUUUCAGAAUUAUUAUGAAGUGAGCUUUUUACAGUGUUUAUAUGGGAUUCAUAUGCCUCCAUUGGUUCACCCUAUUUGUUUUUUUAUUUUCAAAUAAGCAAAAGAAAAAUUCAGCAGACUUCUGAUAGUAUCAAUCAAAAAAUGAUUUCAUUUCAUUACCCUAUCAUAAAAAAGUUAGACAAUUUUAUAUUUCUCUUUUUAAAUUUAAAACAUUUUAGUUAAUUUUGAAUUCCUUUACUUUUGAAUUUGAAAUUGAAUUAAAACUGAAAUCUUAAUCUAGUCGGAGGAAUGUCAUUAAAGUUUACUACAAAUAGAUAAACUGUACUAAAAGCCGCCAAUAUCCUCAGAUACUUACUCUGUAUCAAAUUUGCUGUUUAUGUUUCAAUAUUUAUCUUUUAUUUUAUUGAAAUUUCUGUAAACUUGUACAUUGUUUCUCCUGUUGUUUUUAUGUUAAUGUGGUACGUAGCCAUUUUUGAAUUUCAAGAUCGUUUUGAAUUUUUACAAUUAUUACGUGGAAAUGGAAUCAAUUGCUAAUAAACAAGAAGAUUAUCAAUUGA